AUGAGCUGCAGGAGGGCAGUGAUAACUCUCCUGCCGAAGAGAGGAGACCUUCAGGAGAUCAAGAACUGGCGUCCGGUGUCGCUGUUCUGCACGGACUAUAAGAUCCUCUCCAAGGGGCUGGCUAACCGUCUGAGGGAGGUGAUGGAGGAAGUGGUUCAUCAAGACCAGACCUACUGUGUGCCUGAUCCUGAAGGAUUCGAACCCAGACACAAGGUGAUCAACGACAUCCACUGGAGCUGCGGCCGCAGCAGCAUCUCUGCGCCGGCAUGUCCCGGCCCCGGAGCUCGGUGCUGCCGCUGCUCCGCCCGCCUCCCGCCGCUGCUCCGCCUCCCGCUGCUCCGCCUCCCGCUGCUCCGCCUCCCGCUGCUCCGCCUCCCGCUGCUCCGCCUCCCGCUGCUCCGCCUCCCGCUGCUCCGCCUCCCGCUGCUCCUGCUCCUCCUCGUUGCCGGGGUCCAGGUCUCUUCAGCUUCUGGACGCAUUGAGCUUCACAUUCUGUGGAAGCAGAAUAAGGGCGGGCGCCUGCAGAGCGGCGCCUGCUGCGACGGCGCCCCGGACGUGACGGAGGCGCGGUGCACGGUGGGCGGGUGUGACACCUUCUUCCGGGUGUGUCUGAAGGAGUUCCAGCUGAAGGUGUCCUCGGGGCCCUGCAGCUUCGGCUCCGCCUCCACGCCCGUGCUCGGGGGGAACAGCUUUUCAUUGCCCAGCGCCAAGACCAACAAGUCCAGGAUGGCGUUUCCGUUCAGCUUCGCGUGGCCGAGGUCGUACACGUUGAUAGUGGAAGCUUUGGACUUCAAUAAUGACUCUUCCUCUAGUGCCAUCGAGAGGGCCGUCCACUCGGGGAUGAUCCACCCGAGCCGGCAGUGGCAGGACCUGAACCACAACGGCCCAGUGGCUCGGUUCCGCUUCCGGAUCCGACUCAGCUGCGACGAGCGAUACUUCGGCUUCGGCUGCAACAAGUUCUGCCGACCGCGAGACGACUUCUUCGGACACUUUGAGUGUGACCACAACGGCAACAAGACGUGCCUGGAGGGCUGGUCCGGGCCGGACUGUACCACAGCGACGUGUCGACUCGGCUGCAGCUCAGAACACGGCUCGUGUAAAGCUCCCGGAGAGUGCAGCUGCAGCUCUUCAGGGUCAGAGAGCAGAAGAUCAUGGGUAAUAUCCAGUGGGACGACUCAGUCAGAGUCAACACAUUGAUUCACUUCAUCAGACUGAGAACAACAGGUAACCACCUGUGGCUGCAGGGGGCGCUGUUGAUCUGUAACAGUUACACAGUAAAGCUUUGAAUUGACACCAGGUGAGAAUCAUUUUGUACCUGAGUCUGUUUCACUUGCUCUUGGCAGCAGGGGGCGCUGGUGAGUUUAAAACGUAGCUGACGAUGCCGGGCUCAGGAAUGAACUCUUCUCUGGCUGAACGCAGCGCUGAACUGGACUUCAGGUUGAACCAGCCCCAGUGGAUCAGACCCAGACUCGUGCCCAUCACAAUCAAAACCUUGUAGUUCUGCCAGAACUGUUUCAGGCCCAUGACUGAGCGGCUCCGACCUGCAGACAACCAACAGAUGAAGGAAGUCGGUUCUUCAGUUCUACCGUCAGGUUCCUUUCUACACUUCACUCAAACCUGUAUCUUAUUCAACAUUUAAUUCAACUAUUUCUGUUUUAAAAUAACUGUUCCUUUUUAAAACCAAUGAUUUCACAUCUUGUCUAGUCUGUUUCAUUUAGCUGCCAAUGUAAAGCACUUGUGUGGAUUGAAGUAGUUUAUUAUUAUCUGCUUUAAUGUUGUUUAGAUAUUAUAAUUUAUCUUUCGAUGUUGAAACGAGGCUAAGCAGUGAAAUUGUGUCAUUA